UACUUCUCACGCCAUCGUUUGGGUGAAAUUGCAAGACCCUGUCCCUGUGUAGUGUGUAGUCACCAAACAAACAUGGCGAAAAAGGCAAAAGGGUCUCACUCUGCUUCUUCUGCCUCUGCAUCUUCUUCUUCCGACAAACUAGUGCUGAGGAUUAAAUCAAAUGAGGGGACCAAGAGAUCAGUGCGGCAAACUAAUUCAAGAAAGAAACUUAAAGCAAAGCAAAAGAAGAACAAACAAAAGUUUGAUGCUAUGAAACCCAGGAAACCUCCUACAGCUUUCUUCUACUUCUUGGAGGAUUUUCGUAAAGAAUUUCAAGAGCAGAAUCCAGAUGUAAAGUCAAUGCGUGAUAUUGGCAAGGCAUGUGGAGAGAAGUGGAAAACAAUGACUUAUGAGGAGAAGGUACAAUACUAUGAUAUAGCAACAAAAAAACGUGAAGAAUUUGAUAGCGCAAUGGCAGAAUUUAACAAGAAAAUGGAAAAUGGCGAGUUUGACGAAACUGAUGAUGAAUCAGAGUUUGAUGAGUAAAGCCACCCUUAUUUUUCUUACUAGGUUGGAUCUGUAUUAGCUGAAACUACUUGGACUAACAGUUGUACAUUCAGUUAUCAUCAGCUUUUUUCUGUCCUUGCUGAUACUUAUAAUUUCUGUGUGUCAUAUGUUAAAUAUAUUUGUUGUAUUUAGAUGUUUAAUAUGGCAAUUUGGGUUCUGUCAAAAAAAAAAGAGGCAAUUUGGGCAUAUAUAUUGAGAUAUUGAAUGCUUAGUAAAACGCUAAGUAGAAAGAGAACAUAACUCUAGCACUUCAUUGAUUCAUUUAUAUGUAACAAGAUUUCCUUGUGUCAA